AACUAAAGGAAAAUAGUUGUGUCUAUAUAUAUAGAACUCAGAUAUACUUAAUCUACAUAUACUAUUAUCUCUCCUCUCUCUCUGUCUCUCUAAAAACUCUCAAUAAUUCAUUCUUUUUUGGGGUUCUGAAACACGCUUUCCUGCUCUGAAUCUGUGUCUAAUUCCCAGAAAACAUGAUGCUCCAGCAAGAGCUGUGAGUUGGAGAUUUAAGGAAAGAAAGGAAUGGAGGGCGACACAUUUAGGCUCGGCAAUGGCGGUCAGGUGGAUGGCAAAGUGGUGCAGACAUUUCAGAAGAGUUUUGUUCAGGUCCAGAAUAUAUUGGACCAGAAUAGGCUGCUGAUCAACGAGAUAAACCAGAACCACGAGUCCAAGAUCCCCGACAACUUGGGAAGGAACGUUGGGUUGAUCAGGGAGCUCAACAACAACAUAAGGAGGGCGGUUGAUAUCUAUGCUGAUCUUUCCAGUUCUGUCUCUAAAUCCGCCGAUCAUAUUGGCUCGUCUGAAGGUGACUCCAAUGGCGGUCAUAAAAGGAACAGGCCUGCAUGAUUUUGGGGGUUUUAUUACUCAUUUUUUUGCUUGGUUGGCGAACACCAUGAUACAACUUUCACAGCUCCAAGUUUGAGGUUCGUAUAAAAAUGGGUCAGUUUCUGUAACUUUAUAAACUCUCUUUAGAUUAUCAAAAACAUUUGCUAGAGAGGAAUAAUGGGGGGCUGAAGCUUCAUCUGAUAUUGCAUUGUAAGUUGUGUAAUGUAACCCUCUUUGUCAAAAGGAAUGAUAGCUAUAA